AUUGUUGAAAAAAUGCUUUGCCAUGUAUUAUCUCACUUAAUUUCCAUCACAGUUUUGUACAUAGCAGCUGUAACUCCCAGACGACAGAUGAAAACCCUAAGGUCUUCAGUAUAUAGCAAUGUACCAUCCUGUGUAUAUGCCAAAGCCAGAACUCAAGAUCCAGGCCUUUUGAAUGCCAGCUCAAGGAAGGAAGAAAUCCCAAGUCAAACACAAUUAUCUGCUUCUCUGGGUUGUUCACACCAUGGAUCAGCUCCCCACUUGAAGGAAGAACCAAGUUCCAACUUCAGUGAACCACCAUUGUCCUGUAAUCAGAAGAUCCUCUGAGAAACAGGGGCUCCCAUCAGUUGGGCCUGAUGAUAGAGGUUGACAGGGGUCCAUCUGAGGGUUAGGAGUUCCUCCUAGGGGUUAGAUAAUAACUUCAAGAGCAGGAGACAACUCCAGAGAAGUCAUUCAUGCCUCCAAACCCGUCCCCUCAAGAGGAGAAAGGAACCAUGAACUUAGUCCCCAGAUGUUCUGAGUGUGGCCUCCUGGGGAAGGAAGCUCACAUAGUCUGGGGAAACCUUCAAGCCCCUGCACGGAGUCCUGUACAGAUCGAGGCAAAAGGUAGACAACAUGAUCUUACAAACACCCAACCUCCUCCUGGGGGAGACGCCAGUCCUAUUAAUACCAUCAACAGACACAUUCUAGAAUCUCCCCAAACAAAAUUUGCUCUGCAUCUGGUCCCUGAGAUCCCAAGGAUGUGAAGCCAGAGGGCAAAUAGGAAGGAGAAGGAAGGGGGGAGGAAAAGGAUGGCUGGAAGUCAGUAGGGAAAGGAUGCCAGCUACUAGCCAGCCCCAGAUAUCCCUUGUUGACUUAGCAAGUGACAGUCUGGGGAAGAAGGGGAGGAGGACACAGAAGUCACACCCCUCCAAACUUGAUUCCCAUUGGCCCUCGGGAUCCUUAAAAGGGCCCAGGAGUAUCUGCACUGGUAUUCCUGGACCCUCUGAGGAUUCUGUGGUUAUACUUGCUUCUCACUCCACAGCAUGAGAUUCUCAGCUCUCCUCCUCCUGGCAGCUCUGGCUGGGGCCCUGGUCUGUGCCCAAGAUGCCUCUUCUGAUCCCACCGAGGCUACUCCGGGGACUGUGGCCACUGAACCUGAAGUGACUACAUCUCCAGCGGAAACUGUUUCACCCCAAGAGACACCCCAGGAACCAAACAGCGCCACCACAAGUAAAGAAGGACUAAACCCACUGAAAUUCCUGGUGAGCAAAGGUAGCUUGGUAGCAGAACAUGGCUUUCAAGAAGCAAGAAAAAAACUGCGUGAAGGAAAACUUUAUGAACGUGGAGUUGAAUUAGCAGAAAAACUGAAGAAAUUCGUUCCCAGUUCCUUUCUUCUAAGUUGAAUCUAAGAAUUUG